AUGCGCCACCGUCAAGCCGUGCACGGACAACGUCGCGCCGGACUCCCAGACGAGCAGCGGGCCCGCCAUGGUCGGGCCGGGGGGCAGCGACGACGGCGCGAGCUGCGGCACGGGCUGGCUCUUGGGCUGCUUCUAAUGCGCUCUAGAUUAGGCCUGAGGAAUCCCGGUCCCCGCCUCAUUUGUUCUCCUCAUUCCGGAAGCGACCGACUCGAGAUGGAGCAACUGGUUGUGAAAGAACUGCCUGCUACCCACGAUCCUCCAGGGCUGGACGGCCUAGCAACGACGCACAAUGCGACGAAGAAGACUGAAGGAUCGUUCUUCAAACCAGUGAACAUCUCUCUGCAUCCCUCGUCGAGAGUUUUCAUCGUCGGCAGCGAUGGCGUCGCUGCAAUGGCAGAUUUGAGAGAGCUCCCAGCCUACAGUACAGUCGAGCAGAUGGUCGAUGCGAUUCGGAAUUUUGUUCAAAAAUCUGUUUGGAUAGUCUCCGAAGGGCACCAGUGCGUCCUUCUUGAAAAGGCGAACGCAUGUGGGGGUGUCUGGCACUCGCAAGCCAACAUAUCAUCGAGAGUGAACACCUCGGAAGCGGCUUAUCGCGCAGUUGAUCGCGGAGCAACAAGAGUUCUGGCCGGUGUGAAUCGUCGCUUGGGAGCUACGCGCAAACUCUCAUUUCCAGACGAAGACGACUAUCGUGGAAAAGCGUGUUACGGAGUUUGCGGCGAUUCUUCGCGUGUUCAUUUCCCUCAGCUGGUGAUCCUCAUCGUCGGUGCGGGCGCAUUUGCCACGGAAAAUGCGCGAACGGCUGUCGAGUGCGGUGCGGAAAGAAUUUCGCCACGCAAAGUUCGGUUCUCAAGUGAUUUUCUCAGCCUGGGACGCUGUCUUCGACCUUUCUGCGGCGAAGAAGCCGGAGUGCUGGCGAUAGGGGUGAAUUUCGCCGAUCGGGCACACGAUAUCAGUCUCGGAUAUCUGGUUCGUCGCACAUUAUUACGGCCUCCUCACGACAUCAAGUGCGCCGGGUACUGGAAAAACGAAUUCGUGAGGCGACUGCUUGGAAGUAACUCGAUCUACUCCAACAAUUUUGUGCGAAGUAACUUGAUUUAUCAAGCCGAACAAAUCUUGGACGAUGCUGGUGGCUUUCAAACGCCGUUUGGUUCGAGUUACUUGGAGGCUGUCGCUUUUCAAGUGCUCAUUUUGAACUAUCAUCGUCGAUUCCUGCCAGAUCAAUUCGUAUUCGAGAAUGCGCACAAGUGGUACGACCUGGUGGCGCUUUGCGAAUCGCGAGCGAAUCGGGUUGGUCACGUGCAGCCUGCCUACCCGUUUAUGACGCUAGUUUCCGUCUACGUUGAUCUUCGACCACCCGACGCUUUGGGCUGUGGCCGAUUUCUUUCAUUCGUAGACCCAGUCUCGAUCACAGUAUGCUUGUCAAGACACGAUGGAUUUUCUUGUACGGCUCAGCUUCACGCUUCUGGGCACUACACUCUCAGCUUCUGUUUCUCACCACUUGGUUUCGGCGAUGAGCGGGUCGCCUUUCAAGUACCAAAGCUUCGCGCGUUCAGUGGACUGCGGGAGUUUUUACAUAAUCGACUCAGUACUCCAUCUUGGGUGCCCAUCUUGCGGUGGGAGGCGUGCCAGUCUCAACAUCCACCUGGAGCAACAUACGGUGCAUUCUUGCUACAGGUGCUAGCCGACGGCGGCGGGGCAUUUUAA